CGAACAAACCAUUCGUCACGAAAGCGGCUCUAUAUAAUUUUGGAAUCUUAGGUUAUUACUACAUUGAUCUAAGUGAGGUUAGAUUGGUAGAAUUGUUUGCACGUGGUAUUGUAAAGAUAUAAACAUAUACAUUUACGAAAAGUUAUCGAAAUAAUUUAUAAGAAAUGCUUGACGUCCAGGCUAAAAAGCAUAAGGUUUCUAUGAAGACCAAAAAAUCAUGGAGGAAAUACAGUGAUGUCAAAGAUAUAGAUGCAUUUCUUGACAACCGCAGAUUAGAAGAACGAUUGGGUGAUUCUUUUGCCAAGCGCACAGAUUCACAAUUAUUUAUUAUCGACAAAACUACAGUCGAUGCAACUGGAAAUGCAAUUUCUAAACGUGCUGCUAGAUUAACAUUGAAAAAUAAAGAACCAAGAUGUUUUACUUCGUUAAAACCACAUACAUGUGUACCUGAUCCGAUUUCUAAAAGAAAUCGAGUGAGAUCGAAGGAAGAAAACAUGAAUUCCAUACUACUUCAACGUGAAAGGAAAAGAAAAAUAAAGGAUAUUUUUAAAUUAAAAGAGAAGAAAGUGUUGGAGAAUGAAAUGCAUCCAAAAGUUUCUUCAGGGAAUCGUUCUAAAAGAGGAGAGAUUAAAGAUGACGUAUGGAAUGAUACAAAUGUCAUAUUGCCAGAAACACUUACAAAAUGGAUGUCUUCAGACAGCAUUAGACAUACGAUUAAGCAUUUAGGAGUGACGAAAAGAAAAUUACCUUCAUCAUUGUGUAAAAAACCAUCUGUAUUAUGCGCAAUAGAGACGCCUCAUCCUGGUACAUCGUAUAAUCCAUCGUACAACGAUCAUCAGGAACUGUUAAACAAAGUUGGGCAGAAAGAAUUGAAGCUUAUAAAACAGGAAGAGCAUUUGGACAGAGUCACCAUUCAAAUGUUUCAAAAAAUUUCAUUACAGAAAAGAGAUGAAGAUAUCAUGAAAGAAAUGUCAGAAGGUUUGCCGAAGAAUCGAAUUACAUCAAAUUUUAAAUCUAAUGAGUAUUAUGAUCAAGAGGAUUCAAUCGAAAUAACAAAUAAUAAAUCUAUAAAGAAUGCUAAAAAGACGCUUGUGCAAAGAAGGAAGCAACGAGAACAGAAACAAGCAGCUAAUGAACGUGCAUUGAUGAAACUAGAGAAGAAAAAAGUAUCUGACAUUUAUAAAUUAAAAGUUCUGCAAAUGCAGAUAGAAGUAAAUGAGAGAAAGCAAGAAUUCUUGCGGCAGAAACGUAUAAAGAAAUAUGAGAGAGAAUCUCUUAUGCCAAAGACACUAAGUAAGACCAGUUUUGAGCCCAUUGAUCCUGAUUUUCAGUUAGCAGAAGAAUUAACUGGCAAUUUGAGAAAUUGUAAACCUUCUAAAAAUUUACUGAAAGAACGAUAUAAAUCGUUUCAACAGAGAAACAUUGUUGCACCAACCGUCAUAAAAUUGAAACGGGACAAAGCAAAGAUGAAAAAAUUUAUAAAAUCUGACCAUAAAAUAAAAAACUUGGAUGACAUCAAGGCAACUACAAUUUUUUAAAAAACAGGAUUUAAUAUUUGAUUUGAUUAAUCUAUUAUUUUGACAUUGUAUGUAAUUGUGUCGCUAUGACGUGCUAAGAUCUAUAGCAAAAAGAAAAAAAAUUUAACCAGUAAAAUGUAAGCAGUAAAGAAAUCAGCAGUUUGGAUUCGAUUAUGUUAUGCUUUAACCCUCCGUCUGUACACUUACUUUCACCAAUACGGUCUGUGCACUGAUUCCUUUUUGUCCUGUCCCUUUUAAAAUGUUUUUAAAAUGUUAAAUACAUGCAACAAAAUCUUAAAAAAUUCUUAUGUACUCUUGAGUGACUACAUUUUAAAUUUUAAUAAUUAUUUUGGUCAUUUAUUAAAAGGGAGCCAAGCUCCAUCUAUCACCAGUUUUGUGAUAUACAAGUGAAAAAUUUAGUUUGUUUCCUUUUGGGGUUAAUGUACAGACGGAGGGUUAAUUUCUUAAUUGUGAAGCCUACGAGACAUACAAAAAUACAUAAAAUAGAAGUAAUAAAUAAAUCAACCAAUUAGUCGAAAACAUAAGCAGUCAUUUUAAAAACAACGUUGAAAUUGUUGAAAUUUUUACUCGCGUCUUAAGUUUUGUGUUUACAAUGCUAGAAUUCGAUUGUUGUUACACAUUGAUUACAUAUUUUUGUAUACGGUUGGCGGAUUGUCUUAUUCCUGAAAUUUUUUUAUGUAUUAUGAUCUAGCUACUAGACUUUAACACAUUAAAAUACAUAAAUAGUAAUAGCUAUAUUGGAUAUGCCAUAUUGGACACGGUAAACGCUUAUCACGUGGCGAAAAUGAAUGCAACGAAAUCUUUCGCUACAUAAAAUAAAAUCACUUCAUCCAACUUUGAUUGGCUACCGCGUUGCAUCUUGUUGCGUGGUAAGUGUUUCAGCGUUCAAUGUUCAGAAACUAUAAAAUAUGAGUAAUGAAAAGUACUUUACACAGUAGUACUAUAGAACUAUAAUUUUUAACAUUGCUUAAGUUUUCAAUUGUAAUAGAUUUAUUUAUUUUAUGUCUUACUGCUUAUGUAUUUUUGUGUGCCCUAGAUUUAAUUUGUCAUAUGUAUGUUACAACGAUAUCUCAACUGGAGUUCAAAAUAUAGUUGACACUUAGUGCGUUUUACUUGUAA